UUGUUUAUGAGAAUUAACUCAGGACUCAAUGUAGGAUUCGUGAGAUAUUGUGCUUGUGAUUACCAUUUACAUUAAAGAUUGGAUAUCUCAAGUACAGUUUUCACAAAUGAUUUGAUCUGUAAUUCGACCUUGACCAAGCGUCAGCAGCAUAUGGUUUCGUUAUUAUCUUUACGGCUGAUUUUGCAUUGCCUCAUAAUUUUCAUUAUCAAUUCUUUAUCGCACUAAAGUUGUAAAGGCCAAGUACGAAAGUUUCGCUAGCCAGUCUCAUUUGGUUCUGAGCCAGGAUAGUAAAAUGAACAUUUCUUUCGAAGGAAAGCGGAUUGUGGUGACAGGAGCUGGACAGGGCAUCGGCCGAGCUCUUGCCCUGAGACUGUCAAAGUUCGGCGGUAAAGUGAUCGCGGUAUCGCGCACCCAGAAACACUUGGACACUCUUUUCCAGGAAGAUCCAAAAAUUGAUAUCAUCACAGCGGAUCUCGCCGAUUGGGAAUCGACAAGGGCUGCAAUAGAGGGCGCAGGGCGGAUAGAUCUUCUCGUAAACAACGCGGCAGCGGCCAAGCUAGACCGUUUUUUGGAUGUAAAGCCUGACGACGUCGACGCGCUUUUUAACGUUAAUUUAAAGUCGGUUAUCAAUGUAUCUCAAGUCGCGGCUAAAAGUAUGAUAGCCACAGGGAAUGGUGGAAGUAUAGUUAAUAUCUCUUCUCAGGCUAGCCAAGCCGCUUUAAAAGAUCAUACAGUUUACUGCGCAACAAAAGCAGCUCUGGAUCAGCUUACAAGAGUAAUGGCAUUGGAGUUGGGCCCGCACAAUAUUAGAGUGAAUGCAGUAAAUCCCACCGUUGUAAUGACCGAUAUGGGUCGUGUUGGAUGGAAUGACCCAGAGAAGGCUGCCAGCAUGACGAGCAAAAUUCCACUUGGUCGUUUCGCAGAGGUUGACGAAGUUGUGGAUGCAGUAGUCUAUCUGCUGAGCAAUCGUAGCUCAAUGGUCAAUGGUGUGACAUUACCGAUCGAUGGAGGAUUUUUGGCUACAUAGAUAGCUUCUCUAAGAAACGUUUUACGUGUUUAUAUACAAAUACUUUGUUGACAUUGUACGGCUUGAUAAUUACAAUAAAUUACAAUAGUAGAAAAUG